CCAAAAUCCCCUCAGGACCCCCCAAACCCCUCCCAGGCCCCCCCGCUCUGCCCCUCCCCCCGCCGGGCCCUCCUGAGGGCGCCGACCUUCCGCUGGGCCGGAUGUGACGUCAUCAGAAACGGCCGUGACGUCAUCAAAAACGGACGCGACGUCAUCCAAAAUGGCGGCGACGCCAUCCAAAAUGGCCGCGAGGUCACCGGAAGCGGCUGUGACGUCAUCAAAAAUGGCGGCGAGGUCACCGGAAGCGGCCGUGACGUCAUCAAAAAUGGCCCCGGCGACUCCAAACCCGCCUGUGACGUCAUCGACCUCACCGAUGACGUCACCGAGCCCGCCCGUGACGUCAUCAAAGCCGCCGCCGGUGACGUCAUCAAAGCCGCCGGUGACGUCAUCAACGGCGGCCCCGCCCUCUCCCGCGCCCCCGCGCUGACCUUCGACCCCCGCGUGACCUUUGACCCCCGGCUGACCCUGCGGCUGCUGCAGGUGACCCUGGCCCAGCCCCGGCUGACCUUUGACCCCGCCGCCUUCCGGCCACGCCCCCUCCUCCUCAGCCAAUCGCCGAGCGCCGUGGCGCAGGCCCUGCCCACUUCCGCCAUGGGCCGGCCGCCGGCAGGAAGUGACGUCGCCGCGGCAGGAAGUGACGUCGCCUCGACAGGAAGUGAGGUCACCGUGGUCAGAAAUGGCGACGGGGCGGGCGGUGACGUCACGGGGCGGGGCGAUGACGUCACGGGGCGGGGCGAUGACGUCACCGGGCGCGUCUUCGACCUCCUGAGCCGCGCCCGACAGCAGCUCGGCCGCAUCGACCGCCGGCAGCGGGCGGGGUCGGAGGAGCCUGAGGAGCCCCCGGGGGAGCCCCAGGGGUCCCCCCGGAUCAAACACGUCUGCAGGAGAGCGCCGCCCCCCGAGCCGGGGACCCCCCCUGAAGACUCGGACGCGGAGGGCGGAGCUCGCCCCAAACGGCCCCGCCCAGGCCCCGCCCCCUCCCCAAGCCCCGCCCCCUCCCCAAGCCCCUCCCCCUCGCUGCCCAAGCCCCGCCCCUCCCCGCGCGGGGGGCGUGGCCAGGGGCGUGGCCAGGGGCGUGGCUCGCGCUGUGGGCGGUGCCGCGGCUGCCGGCGGGGACAGGACUGCGGCCACUGCCCCAACUGCCGCGACAAGCCCAAAUUCGGGGGGCCCAACACCAAGAAGCAGUGCUGCGUGCUCCGACGCUGCGACAAAAUCGAGGCCCGAAAAUUGGAACGGCUCGGGAGGAGAGGUCGCGGCCCCGCCCCCCGCGCGCCCCCCGGCGGCGACUCGGAGGAGGACUCGGGGGACGGGGGGGGAGGGGCGGCCGCGGCACCCAUGGGUGGCCCCGAGGGGGGUGGGGGAGGGGACUGGGGCCCCCCCGGAGCUUCGGGCCCCCCCCAGAACGGGUGGGGGAGGGGCAGGAACGGCGACGGGGGAGGGGCGGGGACGCGGCUGCGGGUGGACUUCCGGGAGGAUUCUGCCCUGGACAACGUGUGGCUGAUGGGGGGGCUCAGCAUCCUCUCCUCGGUGCCGGUCUCCGCCCCCCUCGUGUGUCUCCUCUGCGCCAGCAAAGGCCUCCACCAGCUGGUGCUGUGCCAGGUGUGCUGCCAGCCCUUCCACAGCUUCUGCCUGGGCGCGGGGGAGGCGCCGGGGCCGGGCCAGGCCGGGGCCUGGAGCUGCCGGCGCUGCCGCAGCUGCGGCGUCUGCGCCAGGAGGGGGCGCCCCAGCAAGCCCCUCCUGGAGUGCCGCCGCUGCCGUCGCUGCUUCCACCCGACCUGUCUGGGACCCGGAGCGCCGCCCCGAGCCCCGCCCGGACACUGGGUGUGUUGGGGCUGCCAGAGCUGCGGGACCCCCGAGGGGGGGGAGGGGCGGGACCCCUCCCCCAUUACAGAGGCGGGGGAGGGGCUGAGCCCCCCCCGGGACCACGAGGAGCCCCCGGAGGGGGGGGAGGGGCCGGAGCCCCCCCCCGGCAGCCCCAAAGGUGUGUCCGGCCCCGCCCUCCGGGAGGUGCUCCAGGCGCUGUUAAGCUCCGCCCACGGCCCCGCCCUCCUCACCUGUGCCCAGUGCCCCCCCGGGGGUCCCCCCACCCAUUUGGGGCCGUGCGACAUCGGCGCCGUCGCUCACCUGGCCGAGGGCGGAGCCUACGGAUCCCUGGAGGAAUUCUCGCGAGAUGUGGCCGCGGUUCUGCUCCGGAAGGGGCGGGGCCACCCUGACCACGCCCCCAGCGCAGACCACGCCCCCGACUUAAGCCACGCCCCCAACUCAGGCCACGCCCCCGACUCAGGCCACGCCCCCAAUGCUCAGGAGCUGUUCAUAAAGCUGAUGGGCGGCGCCUUCCCCUGGUUCGAUGCCCGGGACCCCAAAAUUUGGAGCCCCCCCGAGACCCCCAAGGCCCCGCCCCUCCCGGUGGAGCCGCCCUCCAGUGACCACACCUACGCCAGGUGGCGCCCGGAGCCGGCCCCGCCCUCCCCAGGUGAGGAGGGGGCGGAGCCGCUGGUGCCGGGCGGGGGCGGGGCCGACGAGCGCCAGUGCGCGCUGUGCCUGCGCUGCGGGGACGCACCUGCACAGGAGGAGGGCCGGCUGCUGUACCUGGGGCAGAACGAGUGGUGCCACGUCAACUGCGCCCUUUGGUCGGCCGAAGUCUUCGAGGAGGGCGACGGAACCCUCCGGAACGUCCACGCGGCCGUGGCCCGCGGCCGGCAGAUGCGCUGCGAGCACUGCGGCCGCCCCGGCGCCACCGUCGGCUGCUGCUUGGCCGCCUGCGCCGCCAACUUCCACUUCACGUGCGCCCGGCGCUGCCGCGCCGCCUUCCUCAGGGACAAGAGGGUCUUCUGCCAGCGGCACGGCCGGCUGCUGGCCGGGGAGGACCUGGUGCGCGACGGGGCCUUCGCGGUGCUGCGCCGCGUCCUGGUGGAUUUUGGGGGGAUCAGCCUCAAGAGGAAAUUUUUGGGGGGUCUCGAGCCCGAAGCCGUGAACGUCAUGAUCGGCUCCAUCCGCAUUGACCACCUGGGGGCGCUCUCGGAGCUGUCGGAGCGCGACGGGCGCCUCUUCCCAGUGGGAUACACGUGCUGGCGGCUGUACUGGAGCACGCGGGACCCCCGCCGCCGGUGCUGGUACCGCUGUCGGAUUCUGGAACAUUCCCCCGGCCCCGAGGGGGGUGGGGGAGGGGCCGGGACCCCCCCGGGACCCCCCCCGAACACAACCGGACCAUCGCCCACGGCAGCCCCGGUAACGGACCCCUCCCCAAAUUCACCCAAAAUCGGCCAAAUUCACCCCAAAUUCAGCCCCGAGACCCCUCCCCAAAUUUACCCGAAAUUUACCGGCCACCCACCACCGCCGCGUCACAUCCCCAACCUUGGGGACACCGAAGUGCCACCGAGGCCACGGCGGCCACCGCCGAGGUCGAUGCCACUCCCGAGGCCAUCGUCACCCAAGGGUGCGGUGGCACCUCCGAUGUCACCGUCGGUGUCACCUCCAGGGCCACCACAGGGUUGGGGACACGUCACCACCAGAUCCCCGCGAGGUGACACCAGCGACGACGACGACGGUGACAGUGCCACCACCGCGGUGACAAUGCCACCACGGGGACGGGGACGUUAUUUCGGCUACGCCCGCACCGUGGUGGCACCGGCGGUGGCAUUGUCACCGUUGUCACCUUGUCCCCAAAUCUGCCAAGUGGACGGUGCUGAUGAUGCCACCAGGGGGACGGUGCCACCAGAGGUGCCACCAAUGCCACCAGAGGUGCCACCAGAGGUGUCACCAAUGCCACCGAGCGCCGAGGGGCUCCCGGCCGACAUCGUGGAGUUCGUCCUGCGCGGUGGCACCGGGGACGGGGACAGCGGUGGCACCUGGAGGGGACGGCGGGGUGGGGACGUCGGUCAAAGCCACCGGGUUGGGGACAUCAGGGAGGGCCACCACCUUGGGGACAUCCUCAGGAGUCAUCAAGUUGGGGACAUUGAUCAAAGCCACCACGUUGGGGACAUUGGUCAAAGUCAUCGGGUUGGGGACAUUGUGAAGAGCCACCAAGUUGGGGACAUCGGUCAGGGCCACCAUCUUUGGGACAUUGAUGGAGGCCACCAAGUUGGGGACAUUGAUGGAGGCCACCACUUCAGGGACAUCAUGAAGAGCCACCGGCUUGGGGACAUUGAUCAAGGCCACCAAGUUGGGGACAUUGAUCGGGGCCAUCGGCUUGGGGACAUUGAUGGAGGUCAUCGGCUUGGGGACAUCGGUCAAGGCCACCAUCUUCGGGACAUUGAUGGAGGUCACCAAGUUGGGGACAUUGAUCGAGGUUAUCACCAUGGGGACAUUGGUCAAAGCCACCGGCUUGGGGACAUCACCAAGAGCCAUCAACUUGGGGACAUUGGUCAAGGUCAUCAGCUUGGGGACAUCAUGAAGAGCCACCACCUUGAGGACAUCGGUCAAAGCCAUCGGCUUGGGGACAUCACCAAGAGUCAUCAAGUUGGGGACAUCCUCAAGGGCCACCAAAUUGGGGACAUUGAUCAACAUCAUCGGCUUGGGGACAUUGAUGGAGGUCACCACCUUGGGGACAUUGAUCAAGGUCAUCAUCUUGGGGACAUUGAUCAAAGCCAUCAAGUUGGGGACAUCACCAAGAGCCACCGGGUUGGGGACAUCCUCAAGUGUCACCAAGUUGGGGACAUUGAUCGAGGUUAUCACCAUGGGGACAUUGGUCAAAGCCACCGGCUUGGGGACAUUGAUCGAGGUCACCAAGUUGGGGACAUUGAUGGACGUCACCGGCUUGGGGACAUCGGGCAGAGCCACCAAGUUGGGGACAUUGAUGGAGGCCACCAAGUUGGGGACAUCAGGCAUGGCCACCACCUUGGGGACAUCAUGAAGAGCCGCCAUCUUGGGGACAUUGAUCGGGGCCAUCAACUUGGGGACAUCACCAAGAGUCACCAAGUUGGGGACAUUGAUCGGGGUCAUCGGCUUGGGGACAUCACUCAGGGCCACCACCUUGGGGACAUCGUGAAGAGUCACCAAUUUGGGGACAUUGAUGGAGGCCACCAAGUUGGGGACAUUGAUCAAAGCCACCACCUUGGGGACAUCCUCAAGGGCCACCACCUUGGGGACAUUGACCGAGGCCACCACCUUGGGGACAUCAAUCAAAGUCAUCGGCUUGGGGACAACGGGGAGGGCCACCAGGUUGGGGACAUCACCAAGAGCAAUCAAGUUGGGGACAUCCUCAAGGGCCAACAUCUUGGGGACAUUGAUGGAGGCCACCAAGUUGUGGACUUUGGUCAAGGUCAUCGGCUUGGGGACAUUGAUGGAGGUCAUCGGCUUGGGGACAUUGGGCAGGGCCACCAAGUUGGGGACAUUGAUCGGGGUCAUCGGUUUGGGGACAUUGGUCAAAGCCACCGGCUUGGGGACAUCAGGCAGAGCCACCAAGUUGGGGACAUCACUCAGGGCCACCACCUUGGGGACAUUGAUCAAGGCCACCAUCUUGGGGACAUUGGUCAAGGUCAUCGGCUUGGGGACAUCAUGAAGAGCCAUCGGCUUGGGGACAUUGAUCAACGUCAUCGGCUUGGGGACAUUGAUGGAGGUCACCACCUUGGGGACAUCAAUCGAGGCCACCACCUCGGGGACAUUGGUCAAAGUCACCAACUUGAGGACAUUGAUGGAGGUCAUCGGCUUGGGGACAUCACUCAGGGCCACCACCUUGGGGACAUCAUGAAGAGCCACCAUCUUGGGGACAUUGAUCGAAGCCACCACCUUGGGGACAUCGGUCAAGGCCACCACCUUGGGGACAUCCGUCCGGGUGCCACCGCCGCCAACUUGGGGACACUUUGGGGACAUCGGAAGCGUCCGGGGGAGGGGACGGGGACGGGGACGGGGACAAAGAGGCCGCGGCUGGAGCCGGACACGGAUGGCAGGCUGAAGGAGGAGCCGGAGGAGCUGAUGAGUGACAGCUGCGGGUCCCCUCCCGGUGACGUCACGGCGGAGGCGGAGCCGCCCUGGGCCGCGUGCGCAGGCGGCAGCUCAGAGGAGGAGGAGCCAACUCCGGGCGGAGGGGGCGGAGCCAGAGGAGGCCCCGCCCCCUCCCCGCCCCUCCCCCACCUGCGCUUCGAGAUCAGCAGCGAGGACGGGCUGAGGGUGGCGGCCCCGAGCCUGGAGGGUGCCUGGCGGGCGGUGCUGGAGCGGCUGCAGGAGGCGCGAGCCAACGCCCACCUGGGACACCUGAGCUUCGCAGGCAUGAGCGGGCUGCGGCUGCUGGGCAUCCAGCACGACGCCGUGCUGUUCCUGCUGGAGCAGCUGCCCGGUGCUGGGAGCUGCUCCCGGUACCGGUUCCGGUACCACCCCCCCCCGCCGGGACCCCCCCGCCCUCCCCCGCCCCGGAACCCCUCGGGGUGCGCCCGCGCCGAGCUCUACAUGAGGAAAUGCACCUUCGACAUGUUCAGCUUUUUGGCCUCCCAGCACCGCGCCCUCCCCCAGGGACCCCCACCCCGCGAGGAAGAGGAGGAUGAGGUGCAGCUGAAGCCCACCCGCCGCGCCACCAGCCUGGAGCUGCCCAUGGCCAUGCGCUUCCGGCACCUCAAGAGAACGGCCAAGGAGGCGGUCGGAGUCUAUCGCUCGGCCAUCCACGGGCGGGGUCUGUUCUGCAAGAGGAACAUCGAGGCCGGGGAGAUGGUGAUCGAAUAUUCCGGAAUCGUCGUGCGCUCCGUGCUCACCGACAAGAGGGAGAAGUUCUACGACAGCAAGGGCAUCGGCUGCUACAUGUUCCGCAUCGACGAGGCGGAGGUGGUGGACGCCACCAUGCACGGCAGCGCCGCGCGCUUCAUCAACCACUCCUGCGAGCCCAACUGCUACUCGCGCGUCAUCCACGUGGAGGGCCACAAGCGCAUCGUCAUCUUCGCGCUGCGCCGCAUCCUGCGCGGCGAGGAGCUCACCUACGACUACAAGUUCCCCAUCGAGGAACCGGCCGCCAAGCUGCCCUGCAACUGCGGCGCGCGGCGGUGCAGGCGGUUCCUCAAUUGAGUGGUGGUGGGGAAGUUCUGGAGAUGUUCUGGAGAUGGUUGUAGGUGGGUGGUGGUGGUUUUAGGGGGGGU